AUGACUCCAGCAAAACUCCAAAUUGUCCUUCUUGCAGGUGCUUGGCAUACACCUGUCUGCUUUGCAAAAAUCACAUCCCUUCUCCAGGAUCACCUAUACAUGGAUCUUGUUCAAGAUACUGCGACUGCACGCUCACUACUCGACCAUGCCAUUGGUAACGGUAACGAUGUAGUCUUCAUCUGUCAUAGCUGGGGCGGAACAGUAGCAGGUAGCGCUCUUGUGGGCUACAUGAAAGAAGAGCGAGCGAAUAUGGGACUGAAAGGAGGUGUUGUAAAGGUUGGAUACAUGUGCGCUUUCAUGGUCGAUGAGGGCAAGAGUCUGCACAAGUUGACUGGAGGAGAGGUCCCAUCAUGGUACAAUCUGGAUCUCCAGACCCACAGCUUCCACACCAUACAGGCACCUACUCUAAGCGCGAGUUGGAAGACGAUUCCAAGCAGCUACCUGAUGUGCGAACAAGACCUCGCAAUUCCAGUGCAGAUCCAAGAAAUGAUGGUCAACGAAGCAAAGGAGAAAGGUGCGAAGAUAGAAGUUAGUAGGUUGGAUACUGGGCAUUCUCCAUCUCUUACAAUGCCCAAGGAGACUGUCGAUUGGAUCAGGGGAAUUGCUGAUGAGAAGAUGUGA